AUGAAGCUGACCCCAGAGCUCAUUGGCCAGUCGCCAUCGUUCCUGAAUCCGAUAAAGGAGCGGCAGCUCGAUCUGCGCGGACAUAAAAUACCUGCGAUCGAAAAUCUUGGUGUAACCAGAGACCAACAUGAUGCAAUUGACUUUACCGACAACUCCAUCGUCGCGCUCGCCAACUUCCCCCUCCUGCGACGUCUACGAACUCUCCUCCUCGCAAACAACCGAAUAUCCUCAAUCUCCUCCGGCUUACAUCUCUCAGUACCCAACCUCACCUCACUCAUACUCACCAACAACAAUAUAACGGAACUCGGAGACCUCGAACCACUAAGGGAGCUCAAGUCACUUCAAUACCUCUCACUCAUGGGUAACCCCGUCAAGGAGAAAAAGUGGUAUCGAGAAUGGAUCAUAUUUAGAAUACCAUCACUCAGAGUACUUGAUUUCCAGAGAAUUAGGGAUAAGGAACGACAAGCCGCACAAACACUAUUCGUCACUCCCGACGGCCUCUUAACCGCCCUCGCAACAACACUCUCCACAACAGUUUCAUCAAACGCACCCAAAGCGCCCGUGCACGUCGACGAACUGAAAGCCGCUGCUGCUACUGCCGCAACAACAACAACGCAACAAUUUAAAGCAGGGCGUCUCAUGACGAAAGAAGAAGCAGCCCGAGUAAGGGCUGCGAUCGCUGCUGCGACGAACGCAGAGGAGAUCCAGAAACUUGAGCGGAGUCUACGGGAGGGGUGGAUACCUAAUAACCCUGUUGGUGCUUAACACUUGAUGUGCGUGUAUUAAAAUAUGAC